GUUGCAUGCAGCUGCGGCGUGCGUGCGUGCGUGUCUCCUCUCCCUUCUUUUCCUUCCACCGCAUCCAUCCAUCACCGACCAUCUGCUUUGCUCUACCCUGUCUCGUCAAUGGCGCCGUGCCGCGUGUUGCCACGCCACUAGCCGUCCCGCACCGGCAUUGCUGCAUUGAUAGAAGUAAAUAAAUAGGCCACCGCUCACCGAGGUUCAGGGGAGCGACGAAAAACUCGAUCUCAGGCCCAGACCACACAGCGGAUAAGCUCAAACUCGUACUCGUACUGCUCCUGCUCUGCUUUGUCCCCUCUCGCUCUGUAUUGAGCUCACACGAGCAGGGAAAGGAACUCCAUCGAUCCGAUCUGAGAGAGAGCUGCUCUGCCGUUUCGGCCAUGGCUGCACGAGCGCUGACUGCUGCCGGCCGCCGGGUGGCCGGCCAGAGCCAGACCAGGCCUACGCCUUUUCUCGCCUCCUCCAGGAGCGGGGCCAGCAUGAACCACUCCUCGGCCAGCGCGCAGCGUGAGGACGAGCGCGGGGACGCCCAUGGUCCGGCGGCGGAGGCGAUGACCGGGGCGCAGGUGGAGGCGGCGCUGAACUGCAAGAACGUCGAGGUGCUCCAGGGCGAGGAGGAGCAGGUCGCCACGGUGCUGCCGGACGAGACCAUCGGCGAGGGCGCGCUGGACAGCGGCGAGGACGCAUCGUGGGUGCCCGACCAGGACACGGGCGUCUUCGUCCCUGCCGAUGACGGCCACGGCGGGGGCGCGCAUCCCGCCCCACCGCAGCACCUGUACGGAGGCGUGGGCGGGUCAGCGUCGGUGCUGGACCAGGCGGUGUUCGUCCGAGAGGAGAUGGAGGACGUGGAGAGACCCGCCAUGGACCUCACCCAUGCCAACGGCGGCGGCAACAACUAAGUUAGUUGUCCAUGGUAGAAUUACUAGCUAGUAGAAGAAUAAAUCCCAUGGAUGCAUCUCUCGAAGCCUGUAGUAAUAAAAGGCUCUCGGUUCACUGCUGCUAAUCAGUAGGAUCAUCUGAUGUGGCACCUCUUAUAGCCAACUUAUGCCCCCCUAUUAUACUUGCCCUUACUGACCUAGUGAUAAUCAGUUUAUUAUCAGUAAACAAGAUGAUAGAAUUGUCAGUAAAAGCUGGCGAUGUCAAAGCUGUA